CUUAUGUAAUACGUUUUUGCGUCAUUUAAUUAAGAGGGUUUGUUGUGUAGUCUUCACAAACAGCGGUGAUCGGUCCAGUCUGAGCAGCGCUGAGAAAGGUUUCAGACCAGAUGGAGGAGAAACAUCCUUGUGUCAAAACUGUAUUGAAAACUCACUCACAGACUGAAAGUUUCAUCUGCCGUCAGUGUGGAAAGAGAUUGACAUGCAAUGAAAGUCUCAAAGUCCACAUGAGGAUCCACACUGGAGAGAAGCCAUUCACAUGUGAUCAGUGUGGGAAGUGUUUUGCAGAUAAAAGAAGCCUUAAGCUGCAUAUGAGAGUCCAUUCGGGGGAGAAGCCGUUCAUUUGUGAUCAGUGUGGGUUGAGUUUCACACAACCAUCAAACAUUAAAAGACACAUGAAGAUCCACACUGGAGAGAGGCAGCACACAUGUGAACUAUGUGGAAAAAGUUUUUCACAACUGCAAAGUCUAAAAGAACAUACGAAAAUGCAUACUGGUGUGAAAGAUCAUAUGUGCUUUAAGUGUGAGAAGACUUUCAUUUCAGCUAAAGUUUUGAAACGACACCAGAUGAUCCACACUGGAGAGAAACCCUACAUGUGUUCACACUGCAACAAGAGAUAUAGUCGUUCAGAACAUCUGAAAACACAUGAGAGGAUCCACACUGGAGAGAAACCUUAUAUGUGUUCACACUGCGACAAGAUAUUCAGUCUGCCAGGAGACCUGAAAACACAUGAGAGGAUUCACACUGGAGAGAAACCUUACAUGUGUUUACACUGCAACAAGAGAUUCAGUCGGUCAACACAUCUGAAGACACAUGAGAGAAUCCACACUGGUGAGAAACCAUACACGUGUUCACACUGUGAUAAGAGAUUCAAUCAGUCAGGAGACCUGAAAACACAUGAGAGGAUUCACACCGGAGAAAAACCGUUUCAAUGCACUGCAUGUGGGAAGAGUUUCACUCAAAAAUCGAAUUUACUCACGCAUACAAAAAACAAUCACAACGCAGCAACAGGAGAAAGAAACAACGUCUAAAGUUUUCACCAUUCAUUGAAAAUAAAGAUCAUCAUUUCAUCUAUGAGGUUCAGACGGUUGUUUUGGACAUUUUGUUUUUUUACAUAUACAAACUCUUCCGUUCAAACGGUUCAGGAAGCUAAGAAGAGAAUGCAAAACUUUAAAGAGAAACUUUUUUUUUUCUUUAGUUCUAUUUUAUUGAGCCACUUUGGCUUUUUUAUAAAUCAAUAAAAAGAGAGAUCUCUCCCACUGGUUUUAACUUUCACUUUUUUAUUUGCUUCACAAAGAAUUAAAGUCUUUAAUAGUUCUACCAAAUACUUUUAUUGUAUGUUUGUUAUUGUUUUCUAACUGUAGCCUACUUCAGGCCUUAAAGUUUUCCAGCACUUUGCUGCAAGCUGCGAGGUGCAAUGGUCAAAGAUGUCCAUCUAAUGCAUAUUUACACAGAAAUUGACCUCGGAACAAGAGAGAAACAGACUAAUAUUAGCGUAGAUGCCAUUC